AUGGGCGUUAUUGGUAUCGGCCUCAUCGUCGCCUCUGUUGUCUGGGUGCUUGUUCGUCCGCCGUCAUGGAUGCCAGAGCCGCUGCAGAUCCUUCUCCGCUGGAGAGGGACUGGUCCUCCUGCUAUUGUAGCUAAGGACGAGGCUGAGACUGAAGCUGAUGAUGCUGACCCUGCACCCCGUAUCAUGGUGUCGGAUCCCGAGGUGGAACCGGGCCCUCGACUCCGGGCUCGUCCGGCCGAUAACCGUACCACACGAGACGACGGCCAGCGUCGAGACCAAGGAAAGGCUACUGCUACUGCGAUCGAUACCCCAACCUCGUCGUCGAAGAUCCACAGGAACGAUGCUGCUUCUAUGCCGCCGCCUCCUUUACCAAAGGUUGCGCCCCCACCUCCAACCAUCACCGAACCCGAAGAGCAAACAACUCCCAAGGCUAUCGCAUCCGAUCCUCCCUCUAUUUCCGUCCCCAGCUUCAGCCUCGACAAUGCUCCUAUUGCGCCGAGUUCACACCCCGCCCCGCGUCGGAACCCCACAACCCCGGGCCCCGCUCUUUCCCCGAAUCCAACCUCCAUGAUGCCUCCGCCUCCAGCUCCGGGCCGUCUACCUCCUCCCACGUUCUCAACUGCCCCACCUGCUGGUCGCAUGCCAUCACUCUCUCAGUUCCCCGCCGUGAAUUCACCGCAACGAGCUCGUGGCCCUCUACCGAACAGAGGUCCUCCGUCAUCAGGUGGCCUCGCACCUCCACCUACACACUCAUCUAAACCCAGCAAGCCCAAUCGCAAGGUCCUCCUCACGCCAGGCCACUCUCCUCUCGACUGGGCUCGCAUAUCUGGACCGAAUGCUGACCUCCGUGGUGUCGAACCCCAAACACCAUACCUGCGCGUGACCCCAUCUAUGCUGAAGCGCAUGACAGGUCGCAAGGGCAAAGAUGCUUGGAUGGCCCUGAACGGCAAGGUGUACAAUGUUACUCCAUAUGCCGACUUUCAUCCCGGAGGUGUUCCUGAGUUGAUGCGAGGUGCGGGGCGUGACGGUACCAAGUUGUUUGGCGAGAUUCAUCCUUGGGUGAACUACGAGACUAUGUUAUCAGCCUGUCUCGUAGGCCUGCUUGUCGAGGAGUCUGAAGGCACUGAGAAUCAGAUGGACCAGAUGGAUUAG